AGAGAGCGAUCGCUCCACCAUCGCAGAAGAGCGCGAGAGGAUCGCGUGGUUCUCGCGCGAGAAAGUGAUCAGCUCGGUGCUGCGGCGGAGUCGCAGGAAAAGUGAUCGUUUUGAUCGUUUGGAGCUCGCGCGCGCGCCUACGCGGGGGCUGCUGCAGCAGUUUGAAUUUCUUGGCACCUUGGAGGUCCACGCGCUGGCAGCCGAGGUUCAGUUGAUCGACGACUUUUAUUGGAUAAGCAGCGUUUUCCAGCGAGCUCCCGAGCAGCGCCUGCCGUUUUUUCUUGAGAAGAUCCCAUUGAGUGAAGAAGAAGGACCCUCACUGUGGGGAAGAUAGUGAUUGGUGCUUUUUCUGUGCUUCUGAUCGGUGUGUGAUUGACAAAUUUUUCGAUUUGGGGAAGUGGUGUGACUAAUUGGAAGGAAUUCGACUGGAAAGUGCACUUAACGAUCGCUGGAUCAGUGUGGAAGAAUACGAAAAGCGGAAGAUCUACGGUGUGCGAUUCUGUCCAGGGUGUGAGACCUGAUGGAAGGUGUGCCCUCAGGGGGCUAUUUCUGAGGAAUUGAUCUACAGUGAAGGGUGGUGAAAUUGUUGUUGCCGUUGCCUCGAUCGCGUAGAAAAGUGAAUGUAGCUCUACGAGACCAGUUCAGAGUGGCGACCUUUUACUGCUGAUAGCGCGCGAUCGUACAGUUGUUGCAUAUUCCCGACAGUUUCGUAAUAACAGUAGCUCGACUUGGGCAAGUGAAUGGAACAGUGACAGUGCGCGAUUACGAAAGGGUUUUGAAAAGCCGAUCACCGACAAGGAUAUCGAUUACUACCAUUGCUGAAUUGAUCGAAGCCGUUGAAGCUGAAGUUCUGCUGAAAAGUUCGCGAAAAGCUGGUGGAUUCCAGGCAAUUCUUAAAUACAAAUCAAUCAUCGCAUCGUGAGUCGCUACAGCUGAAAGGCACCCGGUGGCGUGAUUAGAAUUUCAAGUGCCAUCCACCCACCAGCCGAUCGCCUCAUCCAUUCUGUGGAAAGAAUAGAAUUGUUCUCUUUUGGGAACGGAAUUCUGCCCCGAAGUGUGCGCGGCGGGCUGAUGCACAUCCGGCCCUUUCGAUGAUCAACAACGACGGAGACUGUUAACCCUUAGAUCGCGCGCGCGCGAAGAAACCGUUAGAGACACCCCACUAAAAAGGCUGUAAGCCUGUUCUUCCAAGGAAAUUAUUACUUUAUUGUGUCCGUCCGAGGAGUGGUUUACGACGACGACGAAAAGAGAGAACUGUUUAUCCAAUAGAAAGAAGUGCGGCGACGAAGACUCAGUGGGAGUGGGAGCAGCAGAAGGAGCAGCUGGUCAGGGAGCAGGGGAGAGAGGAGCCUAGUUCAUAGGCAAGCAGCAAAAUUACACCGAGCAGCAAUUAGAAAGACGCAACAAUGUUUCCGCUUCAACGAGGAGCGGCAACAUGGUUAUUUCUCGUGCUCGCCACAACGCUAACGGUGCUGACCGCAAGGACAGCCGCGGCCGCCGAGAACAACCAACGAGUGGUAUGCUACUACACGAACUGGUCGGUCUACCGACCGGGCACAGCCAAAUUCAACCCGCAGAACAUCAACCCCUACCUGUGUACCCAUCUGAUCUACUCGUUCGGCGGUUUCACCAAGGAGAAUGCCCUCAAGCCGUACGACAAGUACCAGGACAUCGAGCAGGGCGGCUUCGCCAAGUUCACCGGCCUGAAAACGUACAACAAGAACCUCAAGACGAUGCUGGCCAUCGGCGGUUGGAACGAAGGUUCGUCGCGGUUCUCGCCCCUGGUAGCCGACUCGGAGCGACGGUCCCAAUUUGUGAAGAACGCCAUCAAAUUCCUGCGGCAGAAUCACUUCGAUGGGUUGGAUUUGGACUGGGAGUACCCGGCGUUCCGCGACGGAUCGAAACCAAAGGAUAGGGAAAAUUAUGCGCAACUGGUGCAGGAACUGCGUGAGGAGUUCGAGAGGGAAUCCAGUAAAACCGGGCGACCGAGGUUGCUGUUGACGAUGGCCGUCCCAGCCGGUAUCGAGUACAUCGAGAAGGGUUACGACGUGGCCAAACUGAACAAGUACCUAGAUUGGUUCAACCUGUUGACGUACGAUUACCACAGUGCGUACGAACCGGCCGUCAACCACCACUCGCCGCUGUACUCGCUGGAGGAACCCUCCGAGUACAACUUCGAUUCCGAGCUGAACAUUGACUACAGUAUCAAGUUCUACCUGAACGCCGGUGCCGAUCGGGACAAGCUCGUGCUGGGUAUCCCCACCUAUGGCCGUUCGUACACGCUCUACAACCCGGAUGCCACCGAGAUUGGAUCGCCUGCCGACGGACCCGGAGAACAGGGUGAUGCCACUCGCGAGAAAGGCUACCUGGCGUACUACGAAAUCUGUACCGCAGUGAAGGAAGACCCCGAGUGGACCGUUGUGCAGCCGAAUCCAAGUGCUAUGGGUCCGUACGCUUUCAAGGGCAACCAGUGGGUAGGAUAUGAUGAUGAGGCGAUUGCCCGGAAGAAGGCCAAAUACGUGGCGGAGAAUGGACUGGGAGGUAUUAUGUUCUGGUCGAUUGACAACGACGAUUUCCGCGGAACCUGCCAUGGCAAACCAUAUCCGAUCAUCGAAGCCGCCAAGGAGACGCUGCUCGCCAGCACGGAUAUUGGUGCCAACGACAUUGCCGCCCCUAGUCGUCCGAGGAAGCCGUCGAGGUCCCGCAGCCGACCAGGAACUACCAGCCGGAAUCGCUUGACCACCGAUAACAACAACGAGAUCAAGUCAUCGUUCAAGAACUCCCAGAGCAGGAAGAACAGCCGCCCGGCACCGCGAACAACGACUACAACCACUAGCACCACCACGACCGAGGGUUCACUGUACAUCGGAGGACGGACCACAACUCCACAGCCACCGACUACUCCAGAUCCAGGCGCAGACUUCAAGUGUACCGAUGAGGGUUUCUUCCCGCAUCCACGCGACUGCAAGAAGUACUUCUGGUGUCUGGACGCGCCCGCUCUUGGUCUGGUAGCUCAUCAAUUCACCUGCCCGUCCGGACUGGUGUUCAACAAGUUGGCCGAUUCCUGUGACUACGCGCGCAACGUAGUUUGCUCCAAGACUGCCCCGACGACGACCACCACCUCGACGUCUACCACGACAUCCACCACCACCACAACGACGCCAGCGCCAAGGAACCGCGUCACCGUGUCCACCACUCGAAACAACUUCUUCAACCGCGCUCUGACUACAACGACCACUACGGAGCCACCGAUCGAGAUCGACUACUCCGACGAGGAAGAGGACGAGGUUCAACCCGAGGAAGACCCGAAGGUGAUCAAGGAACUGAUUGCGCUGAUCAAGAAGGUUGGAGGCAUCGAGGAACUGGAACGCCAGCUACAAGCCCAAGAAGAUGGAUCGAUUGUGCUGAAGGAUGAGAAGACAGAUCAGAUCUCGACGACGCAGUCCACGAUCAGCAAGAGCUUGUACGAACGCGUGUUGAGCAGAGCCGGCAACGGGCUGCAGAAGUUCCGACCGGCGUUGACGUUCACGCAAACGGACAAGAGUGGUUCAACUGAGAACAAGUACUCGUCGGUGGUGAGGAAUACGAACAGCCGAGUGGGGCCUCAGAAUGAAGGAAUCGAAAAGUUGCCAGAAUUUGAAGGAGUGUUCAAGGAACGGCCAAAGUAUGUUACGUUGAACCGGGCACGACCGACAAAGGCCAGCGUGGAAGAGGAUGCGGAUGAUAGGUAUGGCGAAGAAUCAUACGAAGAGGAGGAAAAUCAACCGUCGACGUUUGCCACCAAGAGGACAACUGCGAGUCCGAAGUAUGUGAGCAUUCGACGGCAGAGACCGACUACGGCAGCGGAUGUUGAAGUCGAGGAGAAUGAGGAAGAGGAGAAUGUUGCGGCGCCAGUGCAACAACAACAACAACAGUACAGUAGUGUGAAUCGGAACCGUUUUCGGCAGACAACUACGGAGGAACCCGUGGAUGAAGUUGAACGAGUGCCAAGCCGGUACAACACGAUCGAACGUCGUCGAGCUACCGCGCAGUACAACCGUCUGCAGGAAGGAGAUAAAGAUGAUGUAGGCACUGAUUCGUCUCUAUUGGUACCUUCUACCGAUUACGAAACCAUUUACACUACAUCGUCCACUACCGAUGCACCAGAACAGUUCAUCACGUACAGUACACGACAGUAUGCUAGCGUAGAACGUAGCAGUACGACCGAGGCUACGCCACAGACUGGCGGCCCCAGUGCUACGGAUCUUACGCAAUCCAUUCCAACCACCACCACCACUACAACAGCAAACGAAUACAAUGUACAGUACUCCAAUACAGACUUACAGACGGAUCAUCCCGAGCGGGACGGUCCGGUAGACACUGUUUCCGAUCUAGAUUUAAGUAGAACGGCCGACUCGGACAGCCUGACGACGGACGACGCGGUGACCGUAGAUUAUAGCAAGAACGAACCGACCUACGAGGUAACCACUUUACUAAACCUAGGUGAGAGUGUUACUGGUAGUAGUGUUAGUGAGUUAGAAACGAGUGAGUUUAGUAGUAGUGUUGGUACUAGUGGUGUUAGCGUUAAUCCUAGGAUUCAGGAAGGCGAGUUGACGACUUCGCUGCCUGCCCUGACGACCAAUGGUUAUGAGGUUCCAACAACUACCGUUAGCCCCGCAACAACAACAACCGUUAGCUCCACUAGCGAAAAACUGAUCGGUACUAACGAUGAACAGUCUAACUCGAUUUACAAAUUCCCAUCAAGAACUAGGAAAACCACCACCACCGCUAGUCCCCUAGAAGUUGUCACUAAUAAGCAAGAGUUCGAAUUAACCCAAACGCAGGCUGCCCCGCGUCCAUUCGGAGGGGCGGUCCGGCGUACACGUCCAACGCGGCGUCCCACGAGCAGUGCAACUACGACAACUACAGCUCCCGAAGAAUUCACUACGCUCCGCUCGGUAAAGGUGAGUUAUGCCAAUAGCCAGAGAUUUGAUCUUUCAGCUAGACGUAGAAGCGGCGUUGCCGGAUCGACCACUGCCCCAGUGAAUCCUGGCAACAACGAGGUAGGUAUUGCUGGCGAUUCCUUGGACAGUGAACCGACUGCUCGCCCGACCCGUACCCGAGGCUUCCGAGGUCGCGUACGGUUCGGAGCUUCUACCGAAUCAAGUUCUGUCCCGACUGAAUCGGCGCCUGUUGCUGCCGAACCUACCCGACGUCGGCCACAACAGUCGUCGGAUUCUUUCGCUCGCAAUCGUUUCUCUUUGAACCGGGCUUCCAGUCGAGCACCGACGGAAGCACCAAGUACCGCAACUGAACGAAUCACCGCCACGGAGCAGCCAGUUGAGCAAUCAACUGCUAGGGCUUCACUCAGGAGGUUGAACUUUAAUCAAUACAGCGGUAGAUCAAGUACCGAACCGACGACAACCACCACAGUCGAGCCGGAAAUCGAAACGGAUUCGCCGGUCAUCAACUUGCAGGUCAAAUCUCACACAGGAAUCGACGAAGAUCUGUUCAAAACUCAGGAACGCAUUCUGUUGACGCUGGGAACUGCUUUGCAAUACGGAUUCAGCAAUCGAAACGAGCUCAACGGCCGUCGAAUUCAGGAAAGUGAGCCGAAGCUAGUCAAAGGAACGGUCGAGAACUCUCCCAUCACGAAUGUAGUUCGUGAGAGGCCAACGGUCAAGUCUCGCUCCCAGGAUACCAUUGAUAACCAGCUUGCCGAAGACAUCAAUGAAAUGGCUACGGAACCAGUCUUCGUUUCAACUUCAGAGCGAGCCUCCUCGGCAUACGACAGCACUGUGAGCGAUCAGGAACGAACCAAUGACUACACUACCGUAUACAGCGUUAACACUGCCGAAGUGGAAACGACAACACCUGGCCAGCGUAAGUUCUUCACCACUCUUCGUGGACGCGCUUCAUUAGCCACCACUGAGUCUAGCGACACUACGCUGAAGGUUGUUCUCUCAGAGGUAAAUACCAACAAGACAUUCAUCCCAGGAAAAGUACGACCAACACGUCCAGGAAGAUUCCGCACCACAACCGUAGCUGCCUCGUCGGAAACUGUCAACGAAGCUUCCACAUUGCGAUCCAAAUUCCCACCGAGGAAGACAUUUGUAACUCCAAGCACAAAUGCCAUCGCCAACGAAGCAGUCGAUAAGCCAUCGCGUAGACCAUCGCCCUUCAUCCGCAGGCAGCGACCAACUCCCGGAGGCACAACGUCAACAGCCGCAGCCACAGCAGAAUCUUCUCCAGACAGUGCGACAGACAACAGCGAAACAACCGAGAAACCUCCAGGCAUCUCGACAACCGUUAGCAGACGUCGCUUGGGACGCCGGAAGCUCACCACCACUGCCAGUACAUCUGAAAAACCGGCCGUAGAACAGGUCCAACGUGAACGUCCAGCUGGAUUCACCAGGCGUCAACGUCUACCAUUCGGCCGCUCCACUACGACUACUGCUGAAACGCCCACAGCUGCCCAUCGUACCGGAACAACCACCACCUCCGAACCCUUCACAGCCGAGCCUACCUACCCGGACAGCGCCGUUGGAAACUCCGACUUCACCACCGUAAUUUCGGACGUCUCCAACGAAAUCGAAUCCACGUUCAUCACCAACGAAGUGCUCACCAGCGACAACUUCCUCCGACAGCAACUACCGGAAUCGCAAGAGGUCAACAACUCAGAGGAAACCACCGAACUGCUGUCCACCAUCGUGACCGCCGAGCCAUCAACCGAAACCACCCCAACUCGACAACAGUCCAAACGCCCUGUCCAACGGUUCAACGACAGCCAGCAAAUUGAAUCGGAAGUGGUCCCCAGCCGUAGUCCAAACCGAACCUUCGGCGGACCCCGUAGGAAGUUCGGUGCAUCAACCACAACCACUACGGAAGCUCCAGAAGUGUCCACCAUCAAGAAGUUCAUCCCAUCGCGACAGAACCGACCUUCGUUCUCGCUAGCACGUGCACGUGCCUCGUCCACUACAGAAAACCCAACCGAGCAGGACCAACCGGAGCAAUCGAUCGCCAGUUCAACGGCCCGAUCAUUCUCGCCAACUCGGCGACGCAAUCAGCUGAACUUUGCUGCCCGCACCUCGACAACCGCUGCCAGUGCCGGAGACGAUACGGAAGCAUCCUCCAGCAGACCACUGACUCCGACGCGUCGACGACCGACAUUCAACGCGAGCCGAACGCCGCGACCUCAGUCGUUUGAGGACUCCUUUGACAAGGCUACAGCAGCGCCAGCUGCGGCGAAACCUAGCGCAGGUAGAGUGAGCCGUCCGUCUUCGGCACUGCUUCCAAGAAGGCCGAAUCUGUUCGCCCGCACCACAACCACCACUACGGAAGCGUACACGGAGUUUGAAACCGACGAGAAGACUACACUGGAAGAGGAAAGCAGUGGAGAGCGGUAUGGACCGAGUACCCGGGGGUACAGUGAGAUUAGGCGACCUACCUCGUCGGAAGAGAGGGAUGGCGUUACGGGACGGUACAGUGCCGAAGUGGAGGACAGCGAGAAUGAGGUGCAGCGACAGGGUAAAAAGUUGUUCGGGCAGCUGGGAAGCGGGAAUAACAAUUUGGACGAUGAAGGGCGGUCAAGGGAACGAGGAUCGGCGGAGAUAGGAGGUUUCAGAAGACCUGGACCGAGAAUUGUGGGAUCAGGAGGACGAGUGCAAGCGGCGAGGAACAAUACGAGGUUUAUUUUCCACAAUAAGGAAGAGGCAUCUUCGACGACAGCUAGGACCAUUACAACGAGAGCUAGAAGGAUAUUUGGAAAUGUGGCAGGGUACAAACCGGGUGGUAAUGGAACCAGCGCUAGUGCUAGCGCUUCUCCAAGUGGCUCCGCUACCACGGCCAAACCAAAACUGACUACUCGAGGAAGACCUGUGUUUGGUAGAGCGCGAUCAACGACCGCUUCAGGAGCGUCCGGAGAAGAAAAGGUUGUAUCGCAGCGAGUGAAUGACUCACAGCAAGGAGCGACCACUAGACGAUACCAGCCGAAGAAACCGACACGGAAACCGACGUUUACGACAGUUUCGUUGCCCGUCGGCGGCAGCAGAACUCGGACGUCAAGUUUGUUCAAUCGUAACCAGCCAGUAGUACUAACAACCACCGAGCAAAGCUCGGAUCUAAUCCAACCAGAGACGACAAUUCCGAGCGUAGAAUCACAGACUCCGGCGAUACUGUCGGUGCUGCCAAUCGAGCAGAGCGCACCGUCACAGCCAACCACUACACCCUCCACACUCGAUAGCGAGAACGAAAUCGAGAACACCACUUCAUACGAAGAUACAAUCAACACAGUCAGAACUACCACCGAAUACUACACAGCAUCCGAUGAAACUCUCUACACGACACUCAAUACGGCCGACACAAUUUACACCAUUAAUGAUAAUAUCGAUAUUGAUGAUGUCAAUGUAUUGCAGGAACGUAGUAGAACGUCCACCACCACGGUUCGACCAACGACGCUCUACCACGUGUUCUCGAUCGACAAGGAGAGCGAAUCGAUGCCGUCGUCGACAGAGAUUUACCGCACUGAAGAACAGGAGAUCGAACUGCCGUCGACGAACAAGACGGACAAACUGGUCGAGAUCCAUCGCGUGGUGGAGAUCUACACGAAGAAUACCAGCAAUCCGGACGAGAUCCCAGUCAUGCAAAAGCUGGGUGAAAUCAAUCGUAAGAUCAUUAUCCGGCUUGUUGAACCGAAGAACAAGACGGCGGAAACCACCGAGGAGGACAAGGAGAAGAAGAGUCGAACACUGGUGUUCGCCGACAACAUCUUCAACGUCGAAACCUCCACAAUCCCGUUGGAGGGAUUGUUCGAUGGUGAGAAAGACGGAAGAACCGGUCGCACGGAAUUUCAGACGACUGAGUUGAACAUGGAGGAGGAAGUGACCACCGUUGCACCCCAAGUGGAGAUCGAGCGUAUCUCCAGUGUAGACUUUGGAUCAACGGAAAAGGAACAGGAGGAACUGGUUACCAUAACGCCUCUGAUCGCCGAAACGGAACGCUACACUCAGGUAACUACUUCUCCGCUCAAGCCAGAUACUGAACGUAGUGUAGAUUUUGAAGACACUACCGUGAACGAGGAGGAACAGUCUACGGAUUAUUACGCUGAUGAGUUACCAACGACAGUGCCGGUUCAGCCUUCGACGACAACGCCGACAACUACGACAUCGACGACGACUACGACUACAGAGGAACCCACAACUGUACCUCCCACGGAGGUUCCAGUCUCAUCUUCUACGCAGGUUGUUCACAAGUACACGCUCCCGGCAGAAUUCGCUUUCAUUGAACCAUCCGAUGAGCCGACAACGACCACGAUAGCUCCUACAACAAUGCCACCAACAACCACGACUUCGACUACCACAACCACCACUACAACGACUACUACUCCAGAGCCUCCAACGGCUUCACCCGAGACCCCUGCUCCGGAGCGUGUACGACCGCUGGUCAUUCCCAGCGUAGAGACCAAGAAGAAAUACACGAAACGUCCCAAGACGACCGUGUACCGACCACAACUGGACUUUAUCUACACGAACGAAAACUCUAGCGAAGAUGAACCGGCUGUCGCAGUCGAACAGGUAACUGAACCUCUUCCCAGCACUUCCACUCAGAGAGUACAAAGCACUAGUAGAAAGUACGUCCCCUCGGUAGCACUGCGAUCUGGUGAUGGUUUGUCGUCCUUCCGAAAGUCCAAGGAUAUCCAGGUAGCCCCACUGCCGAAGGCAGCCGCGUCCAGGGCCACAACCGCUAAGCCAAAGUUCACAACGACAACUGCGACUCCCAGAACAACGACGACCACCACUACAACAACUACCACCACCACAACCGAGGCGCCGGUGACCAAGGUGGACUUCAACAUCAAGUACGUUCUGCCGGUCUUCAAGCCGGAUCUCGUCAGCGAGCUCAAGAUCGAGAGCAAGAACGACAAAUACAGCGUACCGCUGUCUUCGCUCUACCAUCCGGACUUUAUCACGAAAUCCGUCUCCGGGGAGCAGCGACAGGAGCGCCAGUACUCGCCCGUCUAUCGACCGGAACUAGACAACGACGAGCUAACGCGAGCGCUCACGAGCGAUCCCGAUCCGGUCGCUCUGGAGGCAGCCAGCCUGGAUCGGGAGAUUCUCGGCGACCGGAGCACCAACGAUAGCGAAAGCGAAGAGCGCCUCGAAGUCCGCAGCAUACCGUCGUACUUCUAUCGGCGAGCUGGGGAGGUCAGUUAAGCCCCUAUAAACAUCCCUCCUCACUUGGUCCGACCAACAACGGGAAAACAAAAUCCAGCAAAUCCCUUCUCACAUUUUCCAUUUGGUCCAGAAUGUUGCAUGUGCCUGGAUACAGAAAGCUGACCCCGUAUGAUACGUGAAUGCAUUUUCGUUCUGCUGGCAACCCCGCCGAGGGUUGCCAUCGUAUUUUAUAUAUCUCUAAUCCUCUGAAACAACGAGAUGCCAUAGAUUUUAACUAAUUUAUUGUUGUUUCUUCUAACUUUUUUUUAAUUCGGAAAAAGUGACCCCUAUUCUUUGUUGCCCUAAUCUGCUUGUUUGUAUGUGUCCAAUCCCUCUGUUGAUGAUGAUAUUACCAUGGUAACGAGCGCGUUUAUCUGUAUAUGUUUGUGUGUGUGAACGGUAUUUAUUCUAACCUUUGAAGGGAGCGCCCACUUCCUUUGUGUAGUUUCCCUGUUGUACGUAUAAUACUCAACCUUUCUUUACCUUUAGUAUGUAAGUUUGUGUGUUCAACAACAUGUACAACACACACGAACACCACUACCAGCGUGAUUGACUGCUCUGCUUAUGUUGUUGUUGUUGUUGUUGUUGCUGUUGUUGAUGCACCCUACAAGUCUUCCCUCCAUAUCCGAGUCAGUAUGAAUGAUUGCAAUUUUACAAUAACCUCACCUUUUUCUUUUGAUGCACCCCAGCACCUAAAUCUGUUGUUGCUUCACCUCUUUUUCUUGUGCACCUUGUUUUUGUAUUUUAAUCAACACCUUCCAAGCUGUAUUAUCUAUAUAGAAAACGAACAACCAACACUUGAAACAAGUUAGUUUUAGCUAAACAACGCUAGUCUUUAAAUAAAAGUGAAAACACAUAGCACAAGAUGGCGUCCGUCAAUGCUGCCCUGCCACGUCUGUCAGCAGCAGCGACUUGGACACUGACGCACACAAAAUGGACGACAGUGAAGCAGAAAGUGGAAACAAAGAGUGCCGUGCGAUCAUUUCGCGCAACAACCGUGCAGAAGUGUUAGGUUAAGGUUAGGAUUUCGGAUGCAUCGUAGAUAGUGUUCGUUAGGCUUUAGUUCUUUAUUUUUACACUCCUACGACACUGCCAGAAAACAAACAACUUCUACUCUACCAACUGUUUCACACAGACAGUCGUGCGAUUUAGUGUAAAUAACAUUUAUUGAACACACUCUUCCCCCCUGGCUACUAUUGCCUGUCACCCCCCCAUGUUGUCACUAUCCGAGCAAAACUGCAGACACAAGUAAACAGUAAAUCGAAGCGGAAGACGAAAACAAAUCAAAAAACGUGUACAUAGUUAAAUAGUUUUUUUAGUCAUAUUUAAUGUUA